ACCCUGAGGUGGCGCACACCCCGCGGGCGCAUCAGAGGACACAGACGGGUUUCGAUGCAAACAGGCGUCGGCCGGGUCCUGUUUCUGACUGUGUAUGGCCGUACGGAAAUAACGACACUUGUUUGUUAGGUGAGACUUAGAUAGAUUAAAAGUCAACCGGGCCUGUAACGAUGGAGCGGACGGUUUUUUCUUUGACCCUACUGUGUCUUGUAUUGUCAAGAGCUGGGGCCCUCGAGGUAGCAAUACCACAAGAUGUGUAUGAGGCUGCCAGAGGUGACAACAUUACGCUGCCCUGCAGCUUCAUACCAGGGAUCGCCAUAACCCCUAAAACCCUGGUCGUUGUCACCUGGACUGCUGAGGCUGAAGCAGCUGAUGCUAAAGAGUCCCAAGUCCUUGUCUACUAUUCUACUGGCAUCACUGACGUCGCACCCAAAUAUGAGCGCCGAGCGUCUGCGGACAUAGACAUUGCCAAAGGAAAGGCCAACCUGAAACUGAACUCCAUCACACUACAAGAAAACAAGGAGUUUCAGUGUCGUGUCCAGAUCCCACGCGAUGAUGAGGGCACGCUGGCUGAUACAACACGUUUGGUGGUGCUGGUGGCUCCGUCUAAGCCCAACUGUAAGAUCCAGGGUAAGGCAGAGUAUGGCCAGAACAUCAACUUGACCUGUGUGUCUGAGGAGGGCUCCCCGACGCCUACGUACAAGUGGGAAAGUCGUGAUGUCAGAGACAUGCCUCGUGUUCCAGACCCCAGGACCACCGACAAGGGAGGCAUCCUGUCUCUUUACAAUAUCUCCAGAGAAACAUCAGGAUACUACAUCUGCACCGCCAGGAACAAGAUCCGCUCUGCCACCUGCAACAUCACCGUCACAGUCAUGCCACCUUCCAUGAACAUUGGCUCCACCGCAGGCAUCAUAGGUGGGGUCGUGGCAGCUUUGAUCGUACUCAUCAUCAUCAUCUAUUGUUGCUGUUGCCGGAAGAAGGGCGACAAAGAUGAAGAAUACACCAUGGCACCAGUUCAAGAAGGAGAGCACCUCGACAAAGAGCGUGCGAGAAAUGGCGAGAGCCUCCGUGACGACAGGCGUGAGGAUGCACACAGUGAUUAUGAUGACUCCAGGAGCCCCGCUGAUCGCCGCGACCGCUAUGAGGAUCGGUAUGAGUCAGACCACCGCAGUGACUACGAUGAUCGCCGCAGCGAUUACGAUGACCGCCGCAGCGACUACAAUGACCGCCGCCGUGACUACGACGAUCGCCGCAGCGACUACGACGAUCGCCGCAGCGACUACGACGACCGCCGCAAUGAUUAUUCCGACCGACGUGAGCGGUACGACGACAGACACUACGACGAUGAGCGCAGAGACCGGCGCUACGAUGAUGAGCGCUAUGAUGAGCCGUAUGAUGAGCGUGACCGCGACCGACCACCCAGUGUGCCACCCAACAAGCCAUCUAGGGUGGAUUAUGAUGACUAAGGCCUCCACAACCUUCCUUCAACCCUCGUGUCUCCACUGACUUUAGUCCCUUGGCAGCCAUUUUGAAAUUUCAUCACCUUUGGAAGCUCUUCCUGGAGCAAACCAUGUCAUACUGUUGUGUACCAAAACUCAUCAUAUACAAAAAUACACAUCCUACAAAUACUGGGAACUGGGAUUAAUGUUUAUCUUGAGCGAUUCACCCAUGAAAAUGCAUUUGAAACAAACAUGUCAAGAGUAUGGAGAGAUACAGGUUGACAUUUGAAAAUGAUUUUUUUAAACGCAUUUCAGUUUGCUAGUGGAAUAUACCUAGUUGGUAAACUAACUAAAUUUGCUGCUAAAUUCAAACAGUACUUGUACUUUUUGUUCCCGAGAUUGGCAGCGAAUUUUAUAUCUUCUAGAGUAUGACAUGACUUCAACAUGGCCACCAUGGGAAUAAGGUCAGUAAGCUCCAUGCUAAAGUAUUGUCUGGUUUAUGUCACUGAUUUUUUCAGUUUUUAAAAGUAACAAGCGUGUCUUGCAUACCUGGGAUGAGCAUUAGGAUUCCACUCUAGAAACAAAUGGUAGACGACUGAUGUUUUGUUGUUAGUCUUCCAUUUUUAUCCUGUGAGACUUCACAUCCAGUUAUCUCAGAUGAAUUAUUGUUGCACAGUACAUCCUUGAUAUUUUAUUUAGAAUGAAUUACCCAUUAAUUCCCUAGGUUGUAACUUGUGGCUGGGUUUGUGGUGUUAUGAAAAGUGUCUUGAUGCUGUCUGGUCAGUUUUGGCUGCGUCUGGUUGUGGAGACGGUGGCUUUGACCCAGAGAGGCUAGUGGAGACAAAGCAUGCAGCUCACAUGCUGCUAGGUGUGUGGAAGCAUGCUUUGGUUAUGAAAACAAAUCAAAAUGGAAUUGUUUUUUGGCUUCAGGCUUGAUAUGUUGAUGUUAUCACAUCAAUAUACAAGGUAUAAUUUCUGCUUUUGUUUGUUCAGCUUAAAUGUGUGCCUUAAGAAAAUCCUGCAGGGCCUCUGUUAAAGGGUGUGACCUUAGUCAUGGUAGUUUUGUUUUUAACUGGAAGCCAGCUGUUAGCGCUGUCGUAAAUAAGUGGCCUUUUCUUAAAAUGUUUUUUAUGCAUACUUUUCAUUUUGUGUUGUCAUAUAGUUGUGUGUGUGAGGGCACAUUAGAUCAUUUUCAGUUGCCUCUCUAAUGAGUUUAAUGAGUCAUUUCUGCAGUGUGUGGUGUCUUUUUCUCAGUUCCACCUUGUUGUUACAGAAACCACUUUCAUCUCUCCUCUGAACCUCAGGACAGAAAAAGUCACCACAGAUUAAACAUUAGCAGAAUAUCUUAAAUAUAUAUAUUCCACAUUUAUAAGCUUUUUUUUUUUUUUUUUUAAUAUGCCUUAUGUAUUGUUUUACAGCUUCUCAUCAAUUAUUUUGUAAAGAGAUUUCUGUUGUAUGUGAGAUGCAGUAUGGUCAAAUAAUGUAAAUAGACUUAUUAUUUUAGAAUUGGAAAUCUUGACCAUUUGUAUUUUUUAUUGGGAUUUAAGUUAAAAUAAAAUGGUUGCAAAUAAAAACAGCUCCUUUG